AUGCGUUCUCUAAUAUUUUAUCGAGAUGGUCAUACCAAUAGUUCAGCCAUGCCUAUUGAUGUCCUGCCGAAGAGCAAAUCACACAACUGUGCAACAGCUUCCAGGGCUUCAAUCAAAGAUGAUCAGAAGCGCAAAAGAAAGGGCCAAGUAACUCCAGAUGGUUGUUUUGCGGUGUACGUCGGGCCAGAGAAGCAAAAAUUUGCGAUCAAGAUUGAAUAUGUUAAUCACCCAUUGUUCAAGAUGUUACUUGAGGAUGCUGAAUCGGAAUAUGGUUUUAGCAGUGAAGGGCCUAUUCUGCUUCCAUGUGAUGUGGACUUGUUUUACAAGAUUUUGGCUGAGAUGGAUUGCGCAAAGGAGAUUGAUUAUGGCUGCGGUCUUGCAUACGGUUCGUGCAGUCCAUUCAAUCCAACUUGGCGUCUGGGAAGAAGUAGUGAUGCGGCUAAGGGUUACGGUUCAUAUGGGGUUCUUACUCCAAACCGUUUGCUAAACUUGAAUUAUUGUUGA